UUUUGCAGGUUGCACAAGGUGCUGCAGCAGCUCAGGGCCAGGAGAGGCUGGCAGAGGGACAAAAAGAGCAUGCAGCAAGGCUUAAAUCCAUCCGAGAAAUAUUGCUACAUCCACCAACAGAGACUGUGCAUGACAUGUUCAUGGCUUUGGUGAACCAACCAGAGCUUCCAGAGAUCACAGUGGGAUUGGAUGACAGGGCUCAGGAGGUUUUGAAAAUGGUGAAGGAGAUGGAGGGCACUGUUCUUGGAGUUGCUGGGAUGGGUGGUGUUGGAAAAACCACCCUUGUGUUGGCUGUGUACUGGCUUGUCAAGAACAGCAGCCAGUUUGAUGCCACCUGUUGGGUCACUGUCAGUCAAACUCCCGACCUGAUCCAGUGUCAGCGACAGAUCUGGACCCAGCUGAUCGGAUCUCCACCGCCAGCAUUCAGGACUGCCGAACAAGGCUUCAGACUGUUGUUGCAUGAGUUGGCUGACAAGAACGUGUUCAUUGUGCUGGAUGACAUCUGGAAUUUUGGGGAUCUGAAACUCUUGCAAGUGGUCAAAACUUCGGGCAAAAUUGUUUUCACUACCAGGAAGUCUGACAUUGCCAGGAGGGCCCAGGCUGGUGUAUAUGAGCACAGAAUCCUGGAUGACCAACAAUCACAGGUGCUUUUCAACUUGAAGGCAUUUGGUGCUCCAACUGUGCCUGAAGACAAGCAGGAAUUCCAGGCAUAUGCACGAGAGAUGGCUGCAGAGUGUGAAGGUCUGCCAUUGGCAUUGACUGUCAUUGGAUCGCUGGCAAGAGGGUAUGCGCUGUUGCAUGAAUGGAAAGUUGGGUGCCACAAGCUCAAGACUGCAAAAGUGCUGGAUGAAGAGCAUGACAAGCAAGUGCUGCGGAUCCUUCGCAGCAGCUUGGAUGACCUUGACAAGGAUGAGCAGGCAUUCUUUCUUUUCCUGGUGGCCCUGCCGGAGGAUUACCAUAUGGGCGUAUCGGAUUUGGUGGAGCAGUGGGUGGCUCUUAGUCAUGAUGAGGCCAGCGAUGGCGAAGAGGAGUGCAUCGAGAUUUGGAGGGCUAAGGCAUACGCUGUGCUUGGGCGCUUGUUGGAUCGGCAUAUGGUGUUGUCAGACAAGUCAGGCUUCCCUCGCUUCCAGAGAGAUGAGAAGGAUGCCUUGAUGGCAGUGGUUGGAUUCCGGGAAAGUGGCCUUUCCACAGUUUCGUGCCACCUGCAUGACACAAUUCGGGAGAUGGGUUUGCAGGCUGCAAAUGAGGAAGAGAGGCACCUGCUGAUUUCGGGCAGCUGCAAGUUGCAGCAACCUGCUAUUGCCAAGGCCAGAGGGUUGUCAAUGUGCCACACUUCCCAAUCUUUUGUGUGGCCUGAAGGAGCAGAGGCCCCACACAUGGAGUGGCUGGUUCUGCGAGAGAUGGGGCUUGCAACAAUCCCUGCUACCAUCUUCCUAUCUGGCAAACUGACCAUCUUAGAUAUGUCAUUCUCCAGACUGGCAUCAGUGCCACCAGAGAUUGGCCAGCUGCAAGAGCUACGGCUGUUGAGGCUUGAUGGCUGUUCCCAGUUGAAGACAUUGGCUAUAGACAUCACUCGCCUCCAACGCCUUUUGGUGUUGUCUGUCAGGCUGUGUGAGUCCCUCAAAGAACUACCCACUGACAUUGGGAAGCUGAAGCAGUUGACCUGCCUUCAUUGCCCAGGAUGUGGGCUCAGCACCCUGCCCCGAUCAAUAGGGGACUUGGAGAACAUGACGCAACUGGAUUUGAGCUUCUGCGCCCAAUUGAAGGAACUUCCCUCGUCCCUUGGAGAUGCUAGUCAGCUGGAACACUUGAGUGUGGCUGGCUGUCCAUUGCUGAAGAGUCUUCCAAGUUCGGUACAUCAACUGAAGGAACUGGUGACCCUCAUUGCAGCAGGCUGUUGUGGCCUCGAGGAACUCCCAUCAUUGUGGCCAGGCAAUUUGCAAUUGUUGGAUCUUCAGGGGUGUCAACGUCUGACAGCUAUUCCUGUUGGCAUCCAGGAUCUCUCCCACUUGAAGGCCCUCCUGCUCCAGGGAUGCACAAGGCUUGAACGGUUUCCCAACUCUGGGUUGCCCAGCUUGCAGAUUGUCGGCCUGCCACUUGUUAGAGAGAAGCAGCUCCAGGAUAUGGUCAACAAGCGUGAACUUGAUGUUGGUGAGGCUCGUCGCAUUCAUCAAAAGCCUCUCAGCAUCAGAGGCGAGAACUUUUACUUGCUCUGUGGCGAGCUUGAUGAGGAGUGGUUGAAAAGUGUGGUGGAGAUGGUGAAGUGGCUUCCACAGGGCACCCACUACAAUUAUAUUGCCAUGAAGAAACUUGGAAGGGGGGUAUUGGACAUGAAGGCAGCUCUGGAAGGCACGAUUGUUGCGGAUGAGUACGGGCAAACACCCCUUCACCAUGCAGCAAGGGAUGGUGAUGUUGAUGCACUGGAAAACAUUCUGGGAGCUGGGGUAUCAGUGGAUGGCAGGGACAAGAGCGGAAAGACGGCAUUGAUGCAUGCCGCCGGAAAAGGCCGCCUGGGCAUUGUGGAGAAGCUUGUUGCUGUUGGGGCAGACGUGCAACAAGUAGACCAGGAGGGAAACACCGCGCUGUUGUGUGCCGCCUUUUACUGUCAUGCUGCCGUUGCCAACAAGCUUCUGGACAGCGGAGCGGACGUCGGGCACCAGAGCAAGAGUGGGAGGAACGCGUUGCUGUGGGCCGCCUAUGGCGGAAGCACUGACAUCGUGGAGAGGCUGUUGUCCCUUGGGAUAGACGUCGACCACACGGACAAGGAGGGAAACACCGCGCUGUUGUGGGCCGCCCAGAGGGAUCAUGCUGCCGUUGCCAACAAGCUUCUGGACAGCGGAGCGGACGUCGGCUGCCAGGACAAGGAGGGCAACACCGCGCUGCUGAUUGCCGCCCAAUAUCGUCUUGGUGUUGUCAUAGAAAAGCUCUUGGCUGCUGGCGCAGACGUCAACCACAAGAACAAGGAAGGGAAGACCGCGCUUCAGCUGGACGCUGAAUCCGUGUUCUAUUGGAACAAAAGUGUUGCUGAGGUGUUGCUGCGUCAUGGAGCGAGUGAAUAG